GACACGAAGAUCGCAUUGAUACAGGUAAUUACUAGAACUUAAAACUCAAAUUACAGUUCGGUAAUUUCACAUUGUUUCACCAUCCGCGUUAUUUUGUGACUAGUUCAGGGCCGUAACGGCGAAAUGUAUAGCCUUGUUUUGCUUUGAUUUGGGGGUUGAAAUAGUGGACGGGGAAUUUGUGAAGUCCAAUCGGUAAGCAGAGCAAUAUGACAGAAUAUCAUCCAGAGGACUUACAUCAACAGAUGGCAGAUGCAUUUGGAGACCCCAUUAGAUUAAAUUGUAGGCAUCAAGCACCAUUGAAAUCAAGUCAACAUAGUGGAGUAGGGGUCCCUUCAUAUGUAUCCCAAUUCCAGUCGAGUCAGUCACCUGGUUUUUCUGCUUUUGGACCCUACUCCCAUCAAAGAAAAUCUAUGCCUUCGUCUACUCCUGGACCCUACUCCUAUGAGAGGGAGUCUAUGGCUCCAUCUACUCCUGUACCCUACUUGCAUCACAGGGAAUCUAUGCCUUCGUCUACUCCUGGACCCUACUCCCAUGAGAGGGAAUCUAUGGCUCCAUCUACUCCUGGACCCUACUUGCAUCACGGGGAAUGUAAGCCUUCGUCUACUCCUGGAUCCUACUCUCAACAAAGGGAAUCUAUGGCUCCAUCUUCUCCUGGACCCUACUUCCAUGAGAGGGAAUCUAUGACUUCGACUAUUCUCGACCCCUAUUCCCAACAGAGAGAAUUUAUGGCUUCAUCUACACUGGGACCCUACAACCAACAGAGAGAAUCUACUGAAUUUACUCAACGAGAGUUUCAAUUUUUAGCUUGUGAUACAGAUUCUGAACAAACAAAAUCAAUAUCCAAAUUGACAUCUGAUGCCUGGUCUAUUUUCAGAGAUGUGUUUCAUCUCCCACACCCCCAUUCUCGAGAGAGAACACCAACUGGAGUGCCUGCUUCUGAACUUUCUCUACAUGAGCCACAACCGCAAGAUCAAGAUGAUGAUCCCAAACUUGAUCCCUAUUCUUUGCAGAGGGUACCAUUCAUAUCUGACUAUGAUCAAUACUCUCAGCACGAUACACCAGGUUUCUCAUCUGAUCAAAAUCCUUCUUCUCAACAGAGAGUUUCUAGGCUAGGACAGCAAUUAAAUCACUUUCCUCAGGAAGAGCUGGUUGAACACAAGCAGUGGGAUAGUCCACAGACUGAUAGCAAAAAAGAAGCAUUAGCUGAUAAGCUGUUGGAAGCAAUUAAUAAAGAUGACAGCACAACACCAUUGGAGAAGGCUUGGUUAAAAUAUAUGCAUGUUCGGCAUACACAUCAAAAAAAGCCAUCUAUUGAAAGUGGAUUUUUUGAUACUUUGCCUAGUGAAACAUCAUCUUUGCAUGGUGACCAUUAUUCCACAGCAUCACAAAUUGGUUAUCACAUAUCCCAACAAAUAGAACAAGAUGAUUCUAGAAGAGGGAUUUAUCCAGGGCAAGACCCACUGCAUUCACCUGUUAUCAUUGAUCAAUAUUCUCAGCAAGGAAAACCAGUUUUCUCAUCUGUAUCAACUGGUGAUUUGCACUCCCGACAUCAUGAUACACUUCCAAAGUCUCAACAGGAAAUAUCAUUGUCCAUGUCUACUCAGCGUAGAUGUUCAUUAAGCCAAGACUUAAAUAGAUUAGACUACAUACCUCAGGAUAAGCUGGUUGAACAUGAUCAGUGGGAUAGUCCAAAUACUGGUUACAAGACAGAAGCAUCAAUUAUUAAGUUGUUUGAAGCAAUUAACAAAGAUGAUAGCACAACAGCUUUAGAAAAAAUUUGGUUAAAAUAUAUGUGUGUUCGGCAGAAAGAGCCUCCUGGUGGUAGUGGCUUGUCUAGCCCUUUGCACAAUGAAACACCAUUCAGUGAUGACCAUUCCCAUACAACAUCAAGCUUUGAUGAACAAAAUAAUUCAAGACAUAGGAUUGAUCCUGAGCUGCACCUUCUCCCUUCCACUGUUGAUAAUUUUGCAUCUGGCAAUGCUCAUUUUUCUCAAGGAACUAAAAGGUCAGCCAGCAAAGAAAAAUCCUAUUUUCCAAGCAAUGACAAUCGAUCGCCUACACAUCAACGCUUGUAUAGUCCAGAUAGAAAAAAGCAAAGGCAGUCG